AUUCCUUCAACCCGAACUUGCACUCUACAAUGAUGAAAUUCGCCUGGUUCCUCCUCGUCUGCGCUGCUGGUGCCCUUGCCAUGCCCACCGCCGGAGAUGAUGCUCCCAUUCGAUGCCCCAAAGCCACUGAUUGCCCUAAAGGAUGGACUUGCUGUGGUCCGGCCGACAUCGAACUUGGCGGAACUUGCGUCUUGCUCCAGCCGGGCCAAUAUUGCACCGUCUAAAUCGCCAACGGUCAUCCGUGACCGACGCCAGCUACUAUGCAACCAAAGCAGUGAUCAUCCCUUUUGUGGCCUUAUCCAACUUUAUCACUCUAAGUACUGGCGGAUUGAAGGACUUUAAAUAACAUUGAUCGCAAUAUACUCCAUUGUUUUGAGCA